AUGGCCAAAGGCUGGAAGGAAACCGUCAGUAACUUCGACAACGCGGACCGUGUAAAGCUCCUUGGGGUAAUUGACCAUCUCCGCGAGCUCGGAAUCAGCGAUGAUAUCCCUCUCCCGCAGCUUGUCGUUGUCGGCGACCAAUCAAGUGGAAAGUCCUCCCUUCUUGAAGGCCUCACAGGUCUUGCGUUUCCUAUUGCAUCGGACCUAUGUACUCGUUUUGCGACACAGAUUGUGCUUCGCCGUACGCCUGCGGAGGAGGCCACUGUGAAGGUCACUAUCAUUCCUGGCCCAGAAGCUCAGACAAACGAGCAUUUGAGAGCCUAUCUGUCAGGAUUUAAACAUACUUCAGCAAAUUCUGAAUUCGGCGCCGACGAGUUUGCGGGGUUGCUGGGCAGUGCUGCGGAGCGAAUGGGACUUCCCAAGCCUGGAGCAGAGGAUGUCGAGGAUCUUGAUCAUAGGUUUUCAGAACAUGUAUUGAAGGUUGAACUAUCCGGGCCCGAACAUCCGCAUCUAAGUGUGGUAGAUGUCCCGGGUCUCUUUCACAAUCCGACAAAAUAUCAAACGAAAGAAGAUGCAAUUAUUAUAAGAAACUUGAUCCUUAGUUACAUCACGGAUAGACGUACUAUAAUUAUGGCUAUUAUGGAUGGAAGAAACAACCUUGCGAACCAGGAGGUAUUUCGGAUGGCAAAGGCAGCUGAUCCGAAUGGUAGCCGAACCGUUGGUGUCGUGACCAAAUGUGACGCCCUCCAGCCUGGAGAAGAGCUUGGUGUAAUCCGUAUUCUUGAAAACUCUGUCGAACACCUUAAGCAUGGCUGGUUCGGAGUCAAAAACCGGUCGGCGAAGGACAUCAAGAACAAAGUCACCAUAGAAGAACGGCACGUGAAUGAAGAGAAUUUCUUCACAACCUAUCCCUGGAGUACACUUCCCAAAGACCGAGUGGGUAUCAAGCCGCUGAAGGCAUUCCUGGGAAAACUCUUGUACGAGCACAUCAGAAACGAAUUUCCAGCACUUGUGAGGGAUAUCGAAGCGAGACAUGCGGAGAGUAUUCAGGAGCUUGAGGAUAUGGGAACACCUAGGCAAUCCGCAUCGGAACAGAGAGUUUAUCUCACGAAAGUGGUCAAUGAGUACCAGCUCGCAGUGAAUAAAGCGCUUGCUGGGACCUACCCGAGCGGUCUAUCUUCAACACAUCCUCUAAAGCUACGAAUGCAUGCCCAUGCAGCAAACACCACGUUUGUAGAACGCAUCGCCAAUGAAGGCCACACCUACCAGUUCAUGAACGCAAACAAUGUUCUCGACCCGAACUAUAAACCCAGGACUUCUGGUGGGGUUUAUGAAUGGAUUAGAGCGUGGUAUAAAGAGUCACGUGGCGCCGAGCUUCCUGGUACCGUCAAUCCAGCUGUGGUCGAGAGUUUGUUUAGGCAACAGUCAGCCGGAUGGGUCCAGAUUGCGAAUAACCAUCUCAUGAACAUGGAACGUAUUGUUACACAGUUCAAUGAUUCAUUAUUCAGAGAGACGGUUGUCGAUGAUCGUAUUCGGCAAAAUAUCGUCUCACACAUGCAACCUUUAAUCAUGGCUGGUAUGGAAGCUGCCGAAGAGGAAUUGGCGAGGAUCCUCCGGGAUGAACGCGAGGGCACUCUUCUGACAUUCAACAAAAUCUUUGAGACGACUCUCAACACUGCACGCCUUGAUCGGAUCAUCGCGCGCAUGUCAACUCACGCUGGAGCACCCAGCAACCUCAUAAACGGAUAUGCCAGCACGAUUGCAGGCUACGCUCAUCUCAGCCUUGAGGAUCAGGCUGUUUAUGAUAUUCAUGAUAUUCUCAAGACGUUCUACAAGAUUGCAGUUGAAAGAUUCACUGACAAUGUUGUGGUCCAAGUUAUCGAGCGGCAUCUUCUCGGCUCUUCUGGGCCUGUCAAAAGGUUUUCCGUCGAGCAUGUUGGCGGUCUCCUGGACAGUGAGGUUGCGGAUAUUGCUGGCGAUGAUUUGGCGCUGAGGAAUCGCAGGGCGGAAAUCAACAGCCGUAUUCGAAGGAUGCAUCAAGCUAUGGAUAUAGCUAAGAAGGUGAACAAGGGGUAG